UUUCUGCUUCUACUUCUCGUAGCUGCUGCUUCACUCUUUCUCUUUACAGGAAGUUGUAGAAGUUUUCAGACGUGUCGCUGCUGGAUGUGAGGAUGGGACCCACUUUGCUCUGUGAGCUGGGCCUAUUCUUGCUCUGUACGCUCCUCUGCACUGGACACGCUCAAGAUGCUGUGUUAACUAUUGAACCCAACUGCUGCAGUUUUUUCAUUGGAGAGUUUGUUACCUUCAUGUGUGACAUGAAUGAAGGAGCAGACACUGACUGGUAUUACAAACUCAACAAGGAUGGUCGAGAAUUUGUCCUCUACAACACACACAAAUACUACAGAUUACAAAUAACAUCUACAGGUUACAGUGGUGAAUAUCAGUGCUUUGGUCACUGGAAGAACUCAUUUCAUACAAAGCGCAGUAACACUGUCUCUGUAACUGUAUCAGAUAAACCCAGGGCCACACUGACUGCAGGAACAACAAUCAUACCAGUAGGGGGCAGUGUGACACUGACCUGCUCUGUGGGGAGAUCUGCUGAGUGGAAAUAUGAGUGGUUCAGACGCACCCAAAGAACCACUGAAGUUCAAAUCAGAAGAGAUGAUCAACCAAACAGAGUUAUCAGAGUAUCUCAAGGAGGAAUCUACAGAUGCAGAGGAGGAAGAGGAAACCCAGUUUUCUACACAGAGUACAGCGAGUCAGUCAGAAUUGACACAAUCGUGUCAAACAAAGCUGUUGUGACUCUGCAUCCAAACUGGACUGAGAUAUACAGAGGAGAGACGAUCACUGUCAGAUGUGAGAUCCAUGGAGGAGACACUGAGUGGGAUUAUGAAUGGGAAACAAACAGAUACACAAAACCUGAAAAUCAAAAUGAAUACAGGAUUAGAUCUGCUUCAUCAUCCAACAGUGGAAACUACCGCUGUAAGGGCCGAAUGAAAAGUUCACAGCAUAAAACAACAGAGUGGAGUGAUUCAGUCACACUGACAGUUUCUGACAAACCCCGUCCUGUCCUCACUGUGUCUCCAUCAUGGCUGAGUCCCGGAGCCUCAGUAACUCUGAACUGUGAGGUUGAACAUCCGUCUGCAGGAUGGAGCUUCUACUGG